CCCCGCCCACAGAGGGACGCUUCAAUCCGCGUUUCCACUUUACGAGCGUUCUCGCCAACUUUGACCGCCGGCGCCGGAAAUACUACGCAUGCGCCAUCCCUUUGCAUGGUGAGCCUUCUGAUUCUAGCUGCCGCAGCGGGAGCGGUGGUGAUCUUGCUAGUCGUGAGACUAUGGGCCGUGCUGAGGCCCCAGCACGUCGUUUCCCGAGAGUCUCUCACACUCUUGAUAGUUGCUGGAUCCGGUGGACAUACCACUGAGAUCCUGAGGCUGGUUGGAAGCCUGUCCAGGGCUUACUCACCUAGGCACUAUGUCAUCGCUGACUCCGAUGUGAUGAGUGCCAAGAAAAUUGAAUCUUUGGAACAUGCUCGAACGGAGAGAGACUCUGCUCCUGAGUACUGCCUUCACCGAAUUCCAAGAAGCCGGGAGGUUCGGCAGUCCUGGUUCUCCUCGGUGUUCACCACCUUGCACUCCAUGUGGUUUUCCUUUCCCCUGGUUUACCAUAUAAAGCCAGAUUUGAUUGCAUCCAAGUAUGACCAACAGGCCGAGGAGGACCUGCGCAACUGGAUAGAGGAGGUGACAGGCAUGGGCAUUGGCACCAACUUCCAGCUGGGCUUGAAGGAUGGCAUCAUCCUCUGCGAACUCAUCAACAAGCUACAGCCAGGCUCUGUGAAGAAAGUCAACGAGUCUUCACUAAACUGGCCUCAGUUGGAGAAUAUCGGCAACUUUAUUAAAGCUAUUCAGGCUUAUGGUAUGAAGCCCCACGACAUAUUUGAAGCAAAUGAUCUUUUUGAGAAUGGCAACAUGACCCAGGUUCAGACUACGCUGGUGGCUCUAGCAGGCCUGGCGAAAACAAAAGGGUUCCACACAACCAUUGACAUUGGAGUUAAGUAUGCAGAAAAACAAACAAGACGUUUCGAUGAGGGCAAAUUAAAGGCUGGCCAGAGUGUAAUUGGUUUACAGAUGGGAACCAACAAGUGUGCCAGCCAGGCGGGGAUGACCGCCUAUGGGACCAGGAGGCAUCUUUAUGAUCCCAAAAUGCAGACUGACAAGCCUUUCGAUCAGACCACGAUUAGUCUGCAGAUGGGCACCAACAAGGGAGCCAGCCAGGCUGGGAUGUUAGCACCGGGCACCAGAAGAGACAUCUAUGACCAGAAGCUGACCUUACAGCCAGUGGACAACUCGACCAUUUCUCUACAGAUGGGUACCAACAAAGUUGCCUCCCAGAAAGGAAUGAGCGUGUACGGGCUUGGGCGGCAAGUGUAUGACCCCAAGUACUGUGCCGCCCCCACAGAACCUGUCAUUCACAACGGAAGCCAGGGCACAGGAACGAAUGGGUCGGAAAUCAGUGAUAGUGAUUAUCAGGCAGAGUACCCCGAUGAGUACCAUGGCGAGUACCCAGAUGACUACCCCCGAGAGUACCAAUAUGGCGACGACCAGGGCAUUGAUUAUUAGUCACACACAGGAGCGCAGUAUUUAGUCCAUUGUUUUUAUCCAGUGAGAUCCAAGCUAGCCUUGAGUAAUUCUCGUCUUCCUAAAACACUAUUAUGCUUAUCGUACCUUUAAAAACCAGCCUUACAUACAUUCCUUUUUCCUUUUUCUGCCUCCUCCCUGAAUAGUUGCCUUUUAGUGCUGUAACAGUUAAGCCCUACAGCAUAACCAAUAACUUGCGUAUGAAGUAAAAAGGAAUGCUGUGGAAGGACAGCCAAUUCUUAUAUUGAAGAUCUAUGCAUUUUUUUUACAGCCUUACACUUAAACUGGUAUUUUCAAACAAUAGGAAACUAUUUUCUUUUUUACAGUUUAGUGUGUAUCUGGCUUGUACAUGGAAGACUAAAAUGUUUGAUUUGCUGAAUGUGGUCUUUGCCAACUAAAUCUAAGUAAGAUGCAGCAUUUAGAACCUGACACGUGGAUGUUUUUCUGCAGUACUGCUUGCUGAGUUCUAAAUAAAGUCAUGAUCAGUGUGCAA